GGUCGCCGGAGAUGCCUGACGGUCUGUUCUGAGGAGCGGGUAGCAGCGCGAUGGAGCGGGCCAGAGACCGCUUACACCUGAGACGGACUACAGAACAGCACGUGCCAGAGGUGGAAGUCCAAGUCAAACGUAGGAGGACAGCCUCACUGAGCAACCAAGAGUGUCAGCUGUACCCAAGGAGAUCUCAGCAGCAGCAAAUACCUGUGGUGGAUUUCCAGGCGGAACUGAGACAGGCAUUCUUAGCUGAGACACCGAGAGGUGGUUAAAGCAGUUAUUGGAACAUCCAGGCUCCCAUCUACUGUUUGAAGCUUCUGCCCCAAGCUUGCAUUGUUUAUAGGAGAACCUG